UGUUUGGGGAAGCGAAGGGAGGGGCGCGGUGACUCCACGCCAGACUGAAAUGAGGACUGUCGGGGGGAGCAGAGAGCGGACGCAGCGCGCAUCUCUUGGUGAAAUAUAGCUGGAGAAAACAGAUGUCGAAAGACAGCGAAGAAAGAGUAACGCGCUGAAACGAUAGGAAGGAAAGACUGAGCGAGAGACCGAGAAAACGGAAGAGAGGACUGGCGGGACGGAGCGGAACAGGGGGAUGAAGCGGAGCUGGACUCAUGGGCUCAGAGGCUGUGGAAGAUUGUGUUCAGGGGGCUCUGUCGUCCCUGUACCCCCCCUUUGAGAGCACGGCCCCCCCCCUUCUCUCCCAGGUUUUCUCUGUCCUGGAGUCAACCUAUCAGCAGGACAGCCUGAGAUUCCUCCUGGACUACUUCAUCCCCGCAAAACACCUCCUACAGCGGCUACAGCAACAUGCAUGUGGGCAGUACCUGGGCAGUCUGUUUGUGCACGCGGGCUGGCCGCUGUGUCUGGGGGAGAGGGUAGUGGUGCAGCUGUGCACACUGGACUGGAGGCUCCUGCGCAGUACAGACUUCUACCUGCAGGUGGUGCCGUUCUCCACGCGCUGCCCACGCCUGGCCCUCAAGUGCCUGGCCCCCGGGGGCCGCAGCGUGCAGGAGGUCCUCGUGCCGGAGGCCCAGCACAGCCUGGUGUUCACCGAGUGGCUGCACUGCAUCAACAAGGAGCGCGGCUUCCAGAGAGAGGGAGGCGGUGGGUUAGACACCUGUCUGGUGAGCACAGGUGAGGGCGUGGUCAGGGUGCCGUGGGAGGAGGUGGUCUAUCCCAAGUUUGUGUCCAGCCCCUCCCCCAGCUCACCUGGCGAGGCAGACUCCUGGUCCUGGGAUGAGGAAGAAGACUCUGCCCCUGAAGACUCCGCCCCUGAAGCCGACGCCCCGGCCCUGCUGGGGGAGGAGCCAUGCGGGCUGGGGGAGGAGCUUGGCGGGGAGUACGUCCAGCUGCUGGAGCCUCGGGGCGGGCCAGAGGGCGGGGCUGACGGGGGGGCGGAGUCCCGGCAGAGGUACCUGGAGAUGCACGGGAUCUGCAAGACCAAGACGCUGCCACUCUGCCGCAGGGGGCGGGGCCCGAGGCCGCGGCGGGGGCGGGCCUGGGGGGGGCGCAGGGGCGGGGCCUCCCGCAGGGACCUCCCCUCCCGCCCCGUUCCACGAGUCAUCGACCUGGAGAGAGAGAGGGGGGAGGGGCCUGCCCAGGAGAGGAAGCCCGGUGUGGGGAGUGAGAGGGAGGGAGCCAAUCAGGGCACAGAACAGCACGUGGAAGGGGAGGGCCAAUCAGAUGAGGACACACAGUCGUGCUCAGGCUGUCCUCUGGACAAAUCAGAGCGGCUGCUGGUGGGCGGUGCUGGAGGAGGGGUGGAAGCUGAGAAUACUGAAAGGCCAUUGGCUGGAGCUGAGAAUACUGAAAGGCCAUUGGCUGGGGCUGAGAAUACUGAAAGGCCAUUGGCUGGAGCUGAGAAUACUGAAAGGCCAUUGGCUGGAGCUGAGAAUACUGAAAGGCCAUUGGCUGGAGCUGAGAAUACUGAAAGGCCAUUGGCUGGAGCUGAGAAUACUGAAAGGCCAUUGGCUGGAGCUGAGAAUACCGAAAGGCCAUUGGCUGGAGCUGAGAAUACUGAAAGGCCAUUGGCUGGAGGUGCCGGAGGCACUGAGAAUACUGAAAGGCCAUUGGACAGAUCUCCAGUGGACAGAACGCCAGGCCCAGCCCAGGACAUGCCUACUGACCCUAACCCUGGCCCCACCACACAGCUGGGGCAUGAUGGGACGCUGGAGGACCAGCUGUGUCUCAGAGGAAAGGAUGUGAAGACAGCAGGAUUCAGAGUCCCCAGGAGGAAGAGGAAGGGGAAAGGGGGGAGAGGAAGACCAGAUCCACUGGGCGUGGCCUCAAGCCUCAGGGGGAGGCCGAAAAGGACAGUAGCCCUGGUCUUACACUCAGCCAAUCACAGCAGGCCGGGCCACCAGUGGGGAGGGACGGGUCUGCACAAAGGAGGUCUCACAGCAGCUCCUCCUGACCAAUCAGAUGGCUCUUCUUGUGAGGCUCCUCCUCUCCUUCAGGAGUUGGACCGUGAAGUCCUCCAAUCAGGAUGGCUGAUUCUGACAGGCACAGUAGACAGGAUGGGACGGGCUGUGGUUACCAUAGAAACGCAGAACCCACCUGAUGGAUUUCAAGACAAGGAGGUGGCCCGGGUGUUGGCCUGUUACCACGGCAUUACCCGCCCGUCAGCGAGGGAGAAAGGGAUGACGGUAAUCCUGGACUGCCGGCUCUCCCCCCCCUCUGAGCUCUGCCUCUCUGCUCUGAAGCUCUUCCAGGACCUGGUUCCCGGGGCUCUGGGCUCUGUGCUGGUUCUGAUUGGGGAGCAGCAGAGUGGCACACACACACAGCUCAGCAUGGCAGCAGUAGAGGUGCACACUGUGUGUGGCACUGGGGUCCUUCAGCAGUUUGUGGACAGGCAGCAGCUGCCCUCAGCCCGUGGAGGAGACCUUCAGCACUCUCACUCCGAAUGGCUCUCCUUCCGGCAGAGCCUGGAGCAACUGACUCAGCGCUGUGACAGCGCCCUCUCUCUGCUGGAGGAGGCAAUGCAGGCAUUGGACACUGAGCCCCUUCCACACAGCACCAAGACAGUGCUGCUCAGUGUGAAGAAGCACAGAGAGCUGAUGACGGGCGUCCUGGCCGACCAAAGACUGACAGAGCUGCAGAGAGUGGGUGGGGCUUGGCUGGCGGGCCUGACCAAUGGUAGGGCAGGACUGGCCCAGAAGUCACUUGACUGCAGGGCGGCACUUGCACAGACCUCUGACCUGUACAACAGUGUGGAUGACGCACUACACCGAUUGGUCCGUGUCUCCAACCAGAGGGGGCAGAGCCUGGAUGCCCUCAGCAGAUUGGCCAAACUGGAGGAGAAGCUGGAGAGGUGUGAGGAGGAGGUGGAACAGGUCCUGGAUCAGGUGCAGGAGUUCAGGGCUCCACCCCUCUCCCUCAGCAGCCUGGCUUUCAAACAGCAGAAGUACAGAAACUUCAGAGACUCAGCCAUGGAGCUACAGAGAGAGACACACACUGUUGUGGCAGACGUGGAGAAGUGGGCGGAGCAGGACUGGGAGGGGCGUGGCUGGGGGGGUCUGGGGGCGGUGCUGCAGAGACUGCCCUCAGUCAGAGAGAAGCUGCACAACAUGAGCCACUGCCUGUCAGACUGCAGCGCCAGAAUGGACACCACGCUGAGGCUCCUGAGCACACUGACCGAGGCGUCUCAGUGGUGUGAUGUGGUGUGUGCGGCGCCCCUGUCCUCCGCCAGCUCCCCCCUCACCUCACUCCCGCCCAUCCCACCUUCGCGUUUCCAUGACGCCCGAGCCCUGGCCUUGGAGCUGGGGGGCGGGGCUGUGCUGGAGCUGUGGUCCCACACGCUGGAGCGCUACCAGCAGACCCUCGCAACGUUCAAAUCCCGCCUGACCCCGGCCCCGCCCCGGCCCAAAGCCCCCUCCUCCAGCAGCAUGUGGGACCUGCUCAGCCUGCAGGGGGAGGGGGCCGGGGACGCAGGGCCAGAGGGGGGCGAGGGGGGCGAGGGGGGGCUGCAGUCCUGGGGCUCCAUGGCCUCCCUGUUCCGCCCACAGAACUGCUCCACCCUCAAGAUCACAGACGACAAGAAGAGAGAGGGAGGAGGGAAGUUCCUGCAAUCUCUGCUGCACCCAGCAAAGAAAAGUGUGAGUGUAGGCCCCCUUCCUCCCAGACCCCCCAGGAGGCGUCACCCCAGCUUUGACCUGCAGGCCCUGCUGGCCCCCCGCCGAGCCCCACCCCCGCCCCCCCGGCCCGCCCGCAGAGGGGACGGGCAGCCAACCUCGCCCCUGUCCUGGCUGGGCCGCAGGGGGGGUGCUCCGCCCGGGGGGGGCGGGGCCGGGGGCGUGUUCAUCCGCGGCGUGGAGGUCAGCAGCAAAGAAGUGGUGGAUCACACCGGGUCCACCCGGCAACACGUCCUGCUGAGCCGCACCGAGAGAGAGGCUGUACCUGAGCGACAGGGCGUCAGGUCUAACCAGCUGGUGUGCAGGCUGCUGGCUGUGGAGAGGCAGUAUGUUUGCCCUCCUGAGGGGGGUGGAGGAGAGCUACCUGCCCUAUUGGAUGCCGAGGACACGCCCCCCCACCUGCGGGGCCAGGGACACGCCCUCUUCUCCAACUGGCCAGCCCUGAGCGUUCACACGCAGUACCUCCUCCCAACCAUGGAGGGCGCUCUCACACAGACACUCCUGCUGCAGGACUGCUUCAGCAAAUAUAAAGUGCAGUUCCUUCAGUACUCUCAGUACAUCAGAACCAUGCCAGAAGCAGACACUGUGCUGGUCAGCCAGGCAGCAGAUUUCUUCAAGAUGAAGCUGCCUGCCCUGGCCACGCCCCCCCUGGCGUUCCCAGCCUGCCUGCAGGCCCCGGUGCAGCAGCUGGCUCACUACUGCCACCUGCUGGAGGAGCUGACCCGCCUCAGCCCCGGCCCUGACUCCGCCCUCUCCACCCUCCAGCACAUCCAGCAGCAGGGCCAGGACCUCAGGGCCAGUGACCUCAUCAUGGGGUGUCCGGUGGCGGUGUGUGAGCGGGGGGAGUUGGUGAGGCAGGGGGAGCUGAUGGUGUUUGGGGGCGUCAGGCUGAGGAAGAGUGGGGUACGGAGGGUGUUUCUGUACCAGAACAUCCUCAUCUUCACCAAGCCGAAAACCUCUGGAGGCUCACACACCGUCUACAACUACAAACACAGCGUCAAGACAGGGGAGAUGGGUCUGACCCAGAGUGUGGGGGAGGACGGGCUGCGGUUCGGGGUGUGGGUCCGUCAGCCCUCUCGGACCCGGGACGGCCUGACCCUGCAGGCAGCAUCGCGGGAGGAGCGGACCGCCUGGACCCAGCACAUCGCCCAGCUGCUGUGGGCCCACGCCAUGCACAACACCGAGCUGUGUCUGAAGGAGUCUCUCUGUAUGGGGGUGUCCAGUAAGCUGCUGCUCGAUGUGACAGGAAUACACAGCGUUUCAGAGCAGGAGCUCCUCUGUCUGUCUGAGAGAGUUCAAAGCAGUUGUUCUGAUUCCUCCUCUGUUGGCAGUCAGAAGGAGGGAAACUCUCCAACAUUAGGAAGACAUUCCCAGAAACAAACACAGGAGCUGGCCUUUGGCUCUGUGGAUGCAAGGAAACUGGGUCUCAGUGACCAGAAAUGACUGGAAACUCUGACAGGACUCUGUUAUCCACGGACCUCCAUCUUGGAUCUGAGUGUCACAGUCACCAUCUCACCAAUUGAUCCAAAAAUGACAUCAUUAAACUGGACCAAUGGCGUAAGGUGGAGCAGCUUGCAAUACCACCUGCAGGCCACUGGGGGCAGCAUGCUAACAGGGACCUCAAAGGCAGCCUGUGGGGAGAGACACAACACCAUUAUUUUUUAUUAUCUUUAAUGCAAUUUUUGUAUCUUUAAUGCAAUUUUUUAUAUUUAAUGCUGUAAAUACAAGCUGCUCUCUGACAGUCAGAACAGUCCCUCUCUUACUCAGUGUAAUUAUGUGUUUUCAGGGCGGCAUGCUAUUGGAGGAUAUUAGAUGAUCUCUGUAAGCCACACCUAUUUGAUGUUAAGCCAUGUCCACUGUGUUUGUAAGGCAGAUAGGUUUUCUGUGUGUGUGUGUGUGUGUGUGUGUGUGUGUGUGUGUGUGAGAGAGAGAGAGAGAGAGAGAGAGAGAGGUGUGUGACUGCGUGAGUGAAAGAAAGUGCAGUGUGUGUGUAUAGGACAUUAUAAUUAGCAUGAACAUAAAACCCUAGAGAUUUUAGUAUGCUUUAGCAUGUGUAGCGGAGAGCACUAUCACGUUGCUUUAGCAUGUGUAGUGGAGAGCGCUAUCACGUUGCUUUAGCAUGUGUAGUGGAGAUUGCUAUCACGUUGCUUUAGCAUGUGUAGCGGAGAGCGCUAUCACGUUGCUUUAGCGUUUGUAGCGGAGAGCGCUAUCACAUUGCUUUAGCAUGUGUAUUGGAGAGCGCUAUCAUGUUGCUUUAGCAUGUGUAUUGGAGAGCGCUAUCACGUUGCUUUAGCAUGUGUAGUGGAGAUUGCUAUCACGUUGUUUUAGCAUGUGUAGCGGAGAGCGCUAUCACGUUGCUUUAGCAUGUGUAUUGGAGAGCGCUAUCAUAUUGCUUUAGCAUGUGUAUUGGAGAGCGCUAUCAUGUUGCUUUAGCAUGUGUAUUGGAGAGCGUCAUCAUGUUGCUUUAGCGUUUGUAGCGGAGAGCGUCAUCAUGUUGCUUUAGCGUUUGUAGCGGAGAGCGCUAUCACGUUGCUUUAGCGUUUGUAGCGGAGGGCACCAUCACGUUGCUUUAGCAUGUGUAGCGGAGAGCGCUAUCACGUUGCUUUAGCAUGUGUAGCGGAGAGCGCUAUCACGUUGCUUUAGCAUGUGUAGCGGAGAGCGCUAUCACGUUGCUUUAGCAUGUGUAGCGGAGAGCGCUAUCACGUUGCUUUAGCAUGUGUAGCGGAGAGCGCUAUCACGUUGCUUUAGCAUGUGUAGCGGAGAGCGCUAUCACGUUGCUUUAGCAUGUGUAGCGGAGAGCGCUAUCACGUUGCUUUAGCAUGUGUAGCGGAGAGCGCUAUCACGUUGCUUUAGCAUGUGUAGCGGAGAGCGCUAUCACAUUGCUUUAGCAUUUGUAGCGGAGAGCACUAUCACGUUGCUUUAGCGUUUGUAGCGGAGAGCGCUAUCACGUUGCUUUAGCGUUUGUAGCGGAGAGCGCUAUCAUGUUGCUUUAGCGUUUGUAGUGGAGAGCGCUAUCACGUUGCUUUAGCGUUUGUAGCGGAGAGCGCUAUGGUACAAGCCAGAGCGGAGAUGGGCGGGAUUUAAAAACCACACCACUAAGCCACGCCCCCAGUCUAAUGGCAACUGCAAAGCCACCUAUCCCAGCGAAGGAUGCUGCAUGUUUUUGAAUGUACACGCAUGGUUAAUCCCAGUCAUUGUAAAUACUGCUGUUCUAGUAAAGACAUGUAUUGUUCUGUAUCAGUAUUAUCCUCAGUAUCAGUGUUUACAGGUUUAUGCAGGUGUGUGUCCUCAUGCAUUAAACUGCAGAAUCGAUCAAUUUCAAUAAAAAGAGAAAAGCAUGUUU